AUGAUGUUUGGAGAAAAUUUGAAAACGCAAUUCAUUGAACAAACAAGGGUUGCACGAAUAGAAAGAGAAAAUGAUCGUAAACGUGAACAAUCUGCAAUUCUUAUUCAAUCAGUAGUUAGAGGAUGGCUAGUUCGUAAACGCACUCAAAAUUUAACACUGUCAGUUUUAUUACUGGGUUAACUUUUCUAUGAAAAAUAACUUAUCGAAUAUUUUCCUACAUAAUUGUUUUAAAAUAAUUAUCUGUUUAUUUAUAGGCAGCAGUUUGAUGACACUUUUGAUAACAUUACAGAUUUGAAACCAGCAAUUAAUAUAUAUUUAAUUGUAAAAAAAUGUUUAGUUCAUUGGGAUGAAAAACGGGAUAGAUACAGAUUUGAAAAACUCUGCAGGUACUUAAUAUUUUAUAUCAUUAAUCAUUAAUUGAUAUAUAUUUCUAAUAUCAUUCUGUAAUGAUAUUAGAAUAUUGAUAUAUGUUAAUUAUAACUUUUUUUUCUAAAUAUUUCCCCCUGCUUUAUUCUACUUCCUCGUCCAAUAUCAAGUUAAAAAGUGAUUGAUUUUUAAAAUUUGAUUUUCCAAUUAUAAUGUUCUUACUCUUCUGGAUCAGAUCUUAUUUGUCUAAUAGGUAGUAUUAGGUUAAAUUACAAAUCAGUACCCUCAAUUGUAUCAUCCUUUUUUUUCCAUUGUUGGUAAAUAGUUCAUCCUUUGGAUUUAUUCAUGCAAAAAUACUAGUGUUUGCUGACAAUAUAAAAUUUUUUAAGAACAUUCAAUCUAGUCUUGAUUAUGUUAGAUUAUAGACAAAUCUAGAUUGUUUAGUUGAGGUGAACGUCUAAGUCUAUAGCUUAAAAUAAAUCAGAAUGCCAAGUUAUGACUUUCACACAUUCUAAAAAUUAUAAUAAAUUGGUCUGCAAUUUAGUUCAUAAUCUUGAUUUCUACCUACCCAUAAAUUAAGUGCCUUAUUACACAUUCAGGAAAUAUAUUGUGCUUUUUGGUUUUUUGCAAAGAAUCAAUUUUUUUUUUAAGUUAUCAGCUACUUUAAAUUCAUUAUACUGCACUUUAGCCGGGUAUAUUCUUGAGUAUGGGUUCAUUCUAUGGAAUCUUUUUGUGAUAACUAUAUGAUAUAACUUGUUGCAUAAAAGAUUUGUACGCUUUGUUGUUUUUCUCCUAAAUAUAAACUGCCAUCAGCACAACUGAGUGCCUACUAAUUAGCUGCUUGAUCUAAGCAGUCCUUUGGCUAUCGGCAAAAAAAUAAUAUAAUGUUUAUAAAUAAACUUAUAUCUAGUUAUGUUUAUUCCUCUAUUCUGCUGGAUAUUAGUUUCAACACCCUAUUUAUUAACUGAGAAAUUUCACUACCCUACUACUAGGGUAACAUUUUUAAUUCUCUACACUAUUUGACUAUGAAGUAAUUAUGUAGUACAUAAUAUGUGUCAACUAAAUAAAACUUGUAAAUUCAUAAUAAGCACUUUUAUUUGUAUAAUUGUUUUUGGGUAAAAACCUUUAUUCUAUUAAAUAAAAUAAAAUAAUUGUAUUUAUUUUGAUCAUCUGAUUCUAUAUUUGUAUAAGUCAGAAUAUAAUAUUAUCCAAUAUAAAUGAACUAAUAGAUUUGUAAAUUUGAUGGGUAACUUAAUUAAGUUUAGUUUCAUGUAUUUUGUUUUUUUUUUUACAGAUAUAUUAUUCUUAGUCUGGAAAGUGAAUCUUUAAAAAAUAGCUAUAUAUCAGUAGCUUUAAUUAAAGAACAUUCUCUUAACUGGAUAAGUCAUGUAAAAAAAAUUCUGACAAUUUGUCUUAAUUACUUAACUGUACUUCAUUUAAAGUCAAUUGAUGAUUCAUCAUUUUUACAUACUUUACUUCAUUUGAUUGUAUCUUUUACAUCAACUUCAAGAUGGUGUGCUAUAAAUGCAAAUAGUUCUUUACAAGGGCUAAAAUGUGGAUUGGAACGUUUAACAGAAAACUUGGUUGCUCAUUUAUUGAGUAAAGAUGUAUUAAGUACAUUACAGGUAUUCAUUAAAUACAAAAUUCAAUUUUUAAAUUUAUUUAUUAAUUAAAUAAUAAUAACAUGUAUAUAUAUAUAUAUAUUUAGGCAAUAUUAAUAACUGGACUACUGGGAAUUAGAGUUAUAUUAAAACCUGUGGCUAUGACAGCUAUUAUGACCAUUUGUUGGAGGUGUUUAAUUUUGAGCAAUUUUUCAUCGAGUGUUUUUCUAUCAUUUGUUACAAAGAUUUAUUCAAUACCCUUAUUAGUAGAACAUUUAGUUACUUUUUCUCCUAAAGUGAGUAUUUUAAAUACAUUUAAAAGUAAUAAUAAUGAUACAAUGUUUCUGUGUCAUUAAAACGUCAUAAAAACUUUAUUUAAAAAUGUAUUUUAGAUAAUUGAAACAUUUCAAUCAAGUAAUCUACUUAAAAAGAUAAUGCUACUAUUAAACGAUCAAGCACAAUGUGAUGAAAUAUAUCAUUGUUUACAUCCAAGUUGGUGUUUAUCAUUAAUUGCAAAUAUUGUACAUUUAGCUGAGUUAAGUGCUGAUACUAAACAAUUUGAAAACGAUUCCUCAUCGGUUUUUAUUGUAAGUUUUUAAAGUAUAUUUUUUUUCGUUGUAGAACAAUAAGAACGGUUUCCUUAUAUAGGUCAAAUCGAAAAAUAUUAAUACAUUUUGGUAUUAAUAUAACAUAACAUAGCAUAAGUACCUAUUUGAAGUUAACAGAAUCAGAAAUUAAUUUCUAAAUUAAAAAACUAUUUAAACCUUAAUUAUAUAAAAUUAAUAUAGUUUACCUAUAAAAAUUUAUUGAGAGAAAAAUAAUUUUAUAACUAUUAAGGCAAUAUAUUAUAAAAAAUUAAUUGUGUUAAAACUUUUUAAAGUAAUUAAAAGUAUUUUGUGUAAAAAAAAUGUUCGUCGAUUAUAAAUUAUUUUAUUCUUAAUGGGAUUAGAAACAGUGUCAGUUUUUGUCUUACACACGCUCAACAUAAGAAUUUAGACUUGUUUUAUUUCCUAAGGAACUAGUCUAGUGAUGCGAUAAGAUUUCUGAAACAGAUUUGAAUUUUUUUGUCAAGUCUAAUAGUAAUCAAUUUUCCCACAUUUUUGGUUUCACCCCCUAAAUCCUAAAAAAAGCCAAAGUAAAAAAAAAAAAAAAUUGGGAAAGUUGAUCUCAUCCUCAUGUUGUAUGUGUGUAAGACAAAGACAGAAAAUUAGUGUUUUCAUUACUCUUUAUGCAAGUUUUUUUUAAAUUCAAAUUAUUAAUUUUUAGAUGUUUAAUUAUAUUAUUUUUAAUUUUUUAGGUUGGUUUAACAUCAUUUUUAGAUACUAUUAGAGUUAAUAUAAUUAAGAAACAUUCAAAUGUAUCUAGUGUUUGGCAUCCAGAACUCGGUUGGUUUUCAGCGAAUCCAAAAUGUCAGUGUUCUCCAAACAUACCCCCUUUGAAAAAUCAACUAAUUCCAUUAUGGUGUGGAACUUUGUGUUCAAAAUUACUUCAAUUCCAUUUGAUUAAUGCUUUAGCACAAAUACCUGAAAAUCAACAAGUACCAUCACCUCCUCCAAAAGCAAACAAUCCUAUAGCAAUAAUCAAGUAUAUAUUUUAAUGUAAAAAUAUUAUAUAACCUAAUAGGUAAAGCAUUUAAAGUUUUAAUUAUUUAAUGCAGGAAGGCAUUUGAUUUGAGACUAUCCAAUACCAAUCAAACAAGUUAUAAACUUACUGGUAUUCACAGUACCAAGGUAGUUGGUGCUUGUAACUUAUAUUUUACGUGUCUUAAGACAAUUACACAGCUCAGACUCGAUAUAUUAACUGGUAAAUUUAUUAUUUAAUAAUAAUAAUUUGAAUAUUUAUAACAAUCUAUUUUGGUAUUUUAGGUUUGUGUUAUCAUGAAGAUACAUUGUAUUUAUUAUGGAGGUUUUUAGCAUUUUUAGAUUCACACUGUGGACUAAAAAAUUUAUUAGAUAUUUUAGAAAGUGAUAAAAAUUGUAAUUCUGGAGAACUACGUAUGUUACAAUUGUUUUGUGAGAGUAUGUCACAUUAUAUAACGUAAGUAACUCGGAUAUUAUAAUAAAACUAAUAAUUGGUUCAUUUAAGUUUAAAUAAAAUUCAAACGUAUGUAUAAUGUUUUUUUCAUUGCAGUAUUCUCGAUGAUAUAGAAAUGUAUGAGCAACAAAAACCUUUCAUACUACGUGACUAUAUUUUAAUGUCCAGUUUUUUAAACAUAUUUCUUUACAAAGGAAUAUCUCAGAACUUAUUUGGUUAGAAUUUGUUUUAAUUUUUAACAAAUACAAAGGUAUUAAAUAUUGUGUAUUCAUUAAUUUGUGUAUCUUAGAUAUUCAUGAACCAGCUUCACCAUCUAAUAGUUUGUUUCGAUCAUGUCGUACCCUUUUAAUGGUACUAUAUCGCAGAGAUUGUCGACGUUCUUUUGCACCCACUGGACAUUGGUUGAUUAGUGAUCUAAAGAUGCACUCAUUUUUUGUCGAAUUCAAAAAAUUUAAAAAAGUUCAUUCGGUAUUGAAUUGGCUUAUGUUACCUAAAAACUUAUACUAAUAUAUUAUUUCUUUAGAUACUCAUACAAGAAAUUCCACAUAUAGUUUCCCAUGAACUACGCGUCAGACUAUUUAGAAAAUAUGUUUCGCGUGAAAAAGUUUCUUUGGGUGUACAUGAAUAUGAAAAUGAUAAUUUUCAGCCAACAAUUAUUACCAUACGAAGGUAUACAAAUAAUUUAAUCAAAUACAAUUAUAUAUUAUAAAAUAAUAUUAUUUAAAAAAUAAAAAUUAGGAAUCGAAUUAUUGAAGAUGGUUUUACGUACGUCUCAGAAAUGCCUCUCAAACAAUUCAAAGGUGUUGUUAGAGUAAAAUUCAUUAAUGAGCAAGGUUUAGAUGAAGCAGGAAUCGACCAAGAUGGUGUAUUUAAAGGUUGUUUUUUUAAGCUUGACUAUUAAAAUUUUGUAUUAAUUAUUCAUUAAUAAUUUAUUUUUUACAGAAUUUCUUGAAGAAACUAUCAAGAGAGUAUUUGAUCCAUCAUUAAGUUUAUUUCGAACAACAGACGAACAGCGAUUAUAUCCAUCACCAUCAUCACAUAUUCAUGAAAAUCAUUUGAAUUUGUUUGAGUUUGUUGGUCGUAUUUUGGGUAAAGCUGUCUAUGAGGUAUCUAGUUAGAAAAAAAAAUGAUUUAUUUGAUUUAAAGUAAUAUUUAAUUUUAUAAUUUAUUCUAGGGAAUUGUUGUUGAUGUUCCAUUUGCAUCAUUCUUUUUAAGUCAGUUAUUAGGACAAACUCAAGAACUUCUAUACAGUUCAAUGGAUGAACUCCCUUCAUUAGAUAAUGACUUGUACAGGAAUUUAACAUCCGUUAAACAUUAUGAAGGUGAUGUUUCAGAAUUAGAUUUGACUUUUUCAGUGGUUGAUAACCAUCUGGGCCAAUUGACUACUCAUGAUCUCAUACCUGGCGGACGAAUUAUAUCAGUUACUAAUCAAAACAAGUAAUAAUUUUUAAUUAGUCCUUGGUCUUUUUAUUAUAGAAUUAACUAUUUCAAACAUCUUUUAAAAUGUGUAAACCUAUGCAUUUUUUAAUAAUUUAUUUUAGGAUUAAUUAUGUACAUUUAAUGGCACAUUAUGUGAUGCAUACACAGAUCAAAGCUCAGACAGCAUCUUUUAUCAAAGGGUUUAAAUCUGUUAUAAAUCCUGAAUGGCUGGCAUUAUUCUCUACGCCAGAGGUAAUCAAUAUUUUCAUUUAUUAUAAUUAUUUUCAUUUUUAUUUUUAAUAAUAUAUUUUUGUACUAGCUUCAAAAACUGAUAUCUGGUGAUAAUGCGCCAAUUGAUCUACUUGAUCUUAGACGAACCACACAAUACUAUGGAGGAUUUCAUGAUUCUCACCGUGUAAUUCUUUGGUUAUGGGAAAUUCUUCAAAAGGACUUUACAGAAAAAGAAAGAUCACUUUUUUUAAAAGUAUAUGAUCUGUUUUGAGCACAUUGUUUUUUAAAUACAUUAAUUAUUAUUUAAAAUUGUAUAUUACAUCUUAACAGUUUGUAACGAGUUGUUCAAAACCGCCUUUGCUUGGAUUUGCAUACUUGGAGCCACCAUUUUCCAUAAGAUGUGUGCAAGUUGCGGAUGAUGAGGAUUUUGGGGAUACACUAGGUAAAAAAAUCAUAAUCUAAUCUAAUAUUGAAGUAUUAUAUAUUUAAUUAAAAUCUUAUAUUUAUUAUUAUUUUUGAAGUUAGUGUCAUUCGAGGAUUCUUCACUAUUCGUAAAAAAGACCCAAAUCUUAGACUGCCUUCAGCUUCUACAUGUUUUAACUUGCUCAAGCUCCCUAAUUAUCAAAAAAAGAGUAUCCUCAGAGAUAAACUUAGGUAUGCAAUUUCUUCAAAUACUGGAUUUGAACUGUCAUAAUUUUGGACAGUCAAACUAAAUAUUUUGAAAUAAAUAUUAUAGUGUGAUGUAAAAUUAUUAUAAAACUGAAAGAACGAAUUAAGUUUUUUUUUAAAUGUGAUUUAUUUGAUUAUUAACCUAUUUUUAGAUGUAUAUUAUUGUAUUUACUAUUAAUUUGAUGACUGAAAAAAUACUCAUUAUGUGGGAAAUUAAUAAUUAUAAAUUUCCAUGGUAUCAUUCCAAGAAGUAAAAGUAUUAUUUUAACAAAUAAUAUGUUAUAGGUCAAGUUGA